CUUCUUGCACGCGAUCGCCAAAGACGAAUCGAAGUUUCAACAACCCGACAGAUAUAAUCUUCAAAAAUGGCUCUCACGAGUGUAUUUGUCCGAUGUCUCUCCUCUAGACUGAGACCAACGUUUCGUGUUUUAGAAAAGUGUAAAUCUAUUUCGAAACCCCUCCACCCUACUAUCAGAUGUGCAAGACAAUUGACAAUAAGCUCUGCCUUAGAAAGUGACAAAAAGUUCAGCAAAGAUCAUGAAUGGAUAACAACAGAAGGUGGAAAUGGAACCAUAGGAAUCACAGACUAUGCCCAGGAAAAACUGGGUGACAUUGUUUAUGUACAAUUACCAGAAGUCGGAGACAGUUUUGAUCAAGAUAGUGAAUUUGGAGCUUUAGAGAGUGUGAAGGCAGCAAGUGAUCUUUUCUCUCCUGCAUCCGGUGAGGUCAUAGAGGUCAAUUCACUUCUAGAAAGUGAUCCAGCUUUAGUCAACAGUGAUCCGUAUGGGGAAGGGUGGAUAGUGAAGAUGAAGCUGAGCAAUCCAUCAGAGAUUGAUGAUCUAAUGACCGAGGAACAAUACAACAAAUUUGUAGAAGACCUUGAUGAAUGAUGAUGCAUCUACUAGACUAUCAUUAUAAGGCACAAGUACCAUUUCAUGUAGUAGCUUGUUAGUAAUUUUUACUGAUGAAUCUUCACCCAGCCAAUCAGAUGCACAGGUAUUGAUUGGUAGCUUUUGAAUGAUGUCAAUGAAAAUUACUAACAAUACGCCUCAUGAAAUGGUGUCCUGUGACUCUAUGAACUUUGACCUCGGGAAUCAUUACAUCAAGAGGAAGGUGCACCAUACAUCAUAAAUCAGUAUUCUUCCUGUUUGAUAUUUACCUGAUUGCGAAGAUGUGAAAAUAAAAGAUGGGAAGAAUUUAGCGAAUUUGGGGAUGCUGUGUAUACUACUCUACUUGUGUACUAUAGCGGAAUGGAAUGUAAUGUAAAAAAGUAUGUGGAAUGCAUGAAGCAUAGUUGUUGAUGAUAUCAUUCUAGAUCUCUUCAGACAGCAUGAGCGAAAAUGAAGUUUAUUGUUUCGUAACCUCGAGUUUACUUGUAAUUUCAUCUGGUGUGAAGAGAGAGUAAAGGACUCCCUGUUCCAUAAUCCCUAUGUUAAGAUGUUGCUUCGUAAGCAGAUGCCAGCCUAGUUCUCUUCACACAGUCUGAAACUGCAAGUAAAUUUAAAGUUGAGAAUCAUUGGUGAAACUUUAAGUUCGGUGCAGUGUGAUGAGAGCUUUUAUAUUAGGAAACAAACCUUGAAAUUUGAAAUGAACAAUUUCAAAUAUUAUUAUCAAUAUAGGGUGAUUUAGCGAUGCAUCAGUAAUGCAUAGUUUAGUCUGCAUCAAUUGCCUGUUCAAUAAAGGAGCUUAUUGAACAAAGGACCGAAAUCCAAUGAAUAUCCCAUAGGCUAGUGUACAAAACUUGCUGUUCAAUAUGAGACUGUAUUGAACAGUCCAAUGCGCAUGCGUGGAUGCACAAACAAUCUGCAGCAUAGAGUGCGAAGACUGACACUUUGUCAUAAUGAACUACAUGUAAGUAGCAUUUGACCUUACAGUGAGGGCAUAUUUACUCAUUGUGGUAAGUGACAUGUCUCCUCAAUCAAAAUUCUCAAUCAAAAUCCCCCCCCCUUUUUUCUAGGGGGAUGGGGAUGUGAUAGAUAAUAAUGAUUAUAUUGGAUUGCUUUCUUUCAUGGAAUAACACAAAUAUUCCACUUGUUGGGGCCAAUAUUUCACUCAUAUGCUGAUUGUUUAAUAUUGGCCCUUACUCUUGGAAUAUCUCAGGUACUAGUAUUCCAUUCUGAGCCAUCCAAUGGAAUAUUAAUAUUCAAAUUGAAAUUAAAGGUAAUAAUUUUUUGACAAGUUGACAUGGUUUCACUUGUGAUGUACAACAAAUAUGUAUUUUUCAUUCUUGCUUUUCUGCACUGCCAUGACCUUUAGCGACUAGUAAUCUACUUUGCAUAAUGAAUCAACAAAAAUGUAGAAAUAUGUUGCUGAUCAGUAUAAAGAUGAGUGCCUUUGAUUUGAAGACUCCUUGGCUGUCAUAUAUUCCCUUCACAGAAAGCAUAUUUUAUGUUUCCAUUAGAAAUUUAUUUGAUAAUGUAGUAAGUUUUCAAUAUUUAGUGUAGUAAACUAAGUUUAGUUUGCAAAGUUCAGCAUAAGGAUGUUAUAUCACAAUAAGAUAUGCACUAUACAAGAACUGCAUUAUUAUUAAUGGCACUUGGAUGUUACUUAAGCCAUUAGCGUGAUGAAUAAUGCUGAUAAAAAUAAGGCAAAUGAACAGAUAAUUGAAUAAUCAAUCAGAUAUAAAUCACUGAUUAAGUCAUGAUUUUUUUUUUGUAAUGCACAACAGUUCCUGACCUGAUCAAAAUAAUCCAAUUUGGUUACUUUGUUAAUUUGUUGAAGCAAGCAAAUUCAAAUUGAGAAUAAAAAGGUGUGUGAUACCACAAAAUCUAAAAAUAGCGAUGAGUCGGGAAUUUUGGCAUCUUUCAACUCAGUGCUAUUAACUGAAUAAUUAAAGAUAAUUACAAAUAGUUCUGACACAAUAAUUUAUCCAUUAAUUUAAUAUAUGGUUACUUCAGCUCCAUUUUGGUUUGUGUGCUUCAAGAAAUUUCUAAAGGGUUUCUCUUGAUCCCAUUUUUCUUUAUGUGUGUGUGUUUUUUUAAGUUACUGUCCAUUAUUGUCAACUUCAAAGAAGUUUUGUAGGUUUUUUUAAAGUUAAAAAGGACUACCCUUCUCAUUAAUUUAUCUCUGUUCUGUGCACUGCACAUGUUUAAUAUAUUGUUAUUGUGAUUUCAUGGCUGAGACACAUUGCAUUUAAAACUUGCAAUAUCAAAUAGUAUUAAUUAUCAUUUUAUGGUAAAAUGAUCAUGUGACUUAUUUACAAAGGGUACUAGGCAACUCUGAUUUAAUCCUAGGUCCAUGGAUUACAGGACCAUUGUUAUAUUAACAAUGCUUUCACAUGGUAUAUCUCCAGCAGCAAGGGGCUUUUUUUUUAGGGGGACGGGUGGGUUAGUAAGACCAUUAUCGGAAUCUUUCACUUAUAUGUGAUUAAUUUUACCAUCCUUAACCUGGAGGAUAGAGUACAGUAUCUGUUUCCAAUGGCCACCUUGUAGCUGUUUCACCAUUAUUCAUGUUCAAAGUGGUUCUUAAAUGUUUAAGUUGUGCUCAUUAACUAAAUAGUGCACAGGGGAUAUCCCAUGACCCCAUUGCAGAAAAUCAAUCAUUGUUGAUGGCAAUUGUCAUGGUAAUAUUGCUGAACAACCAAUCAAAUUCAGUUUCAAUGAAGUCACUAUCGAUGGAAAGUUAAAUGGAGCCAUGAAGGAGCAUGAUUAUACCAUUACGUUUUUGCUGGUAUUAUUAGCGACUUUAGCAAUCUGUCGAUAGCAAUCAAAUGUAUCCAGAGCUAUUCAAUUCAAAGUUUCAAUUUAUUGUUGUGUACAAUUUAUCGUGAAUACAUGUUUUGAACCAUUUAUAAAAGCAUAACUACGAUUAUGCUUGGAGGAAAGUUAGCAUUAUAUCUGUGCAGAGUAUCGACUAUUAAAGUAUAUUAGGAAUCAUGAAACUGAUCAUUCAAGGAUCAGUAUGGUAAUGUUUCGAUUUAUCCAUUGGAAGAUGACUGGAUGAAUAAUACAAGAA